AUUUACUCAUUAUUUAAACAAAGUCAACUUGAAUUUGUGAAAAAUUUUAUGAUUUAACCUGCAAUUAGUUAUUAUGUACACUCGUAUAAUAAUCAUCAUAAAUAAAUAACAACAAUAACAAAAAUAAUUAUUUAGUACGCUUUAGUAAACACAAGUCGAUACAACUGACAACAGCAACAAAAAAAAUUUACAAGAUUAUUCUAACCGGAUUGUUUAUUGUUUAAAUUGUACUAAAAAAAAACAAACAAAAAAAUUAUAUAUUUUUACAGCCGCAAAAACAAAUCUAGAAAAUAAAAUUACUAAGUAAAACAAAAGACUUAAGAAACAAACCUGCCAUGCUGUGUCAACUACAGAGCAAUAACAACAACCAUCCGCGCCGCCGCCUCAACUGCAACAACAGAAGGUGGCAGGUGGCCACAAUUGUGCAACUGCUUUUAGUCACAUUAUUUAUAAAUGCAAUUUAUGCACAAGAGUCUGCCUCACCCGAAUUUGCACCCCAUGUCUCGGCCACCUGUAAAGCGGGCACCAUGAAUAUUAAAGUCAAAUUGGAUGGACCCUAUACGGGUGCAGUACAUGCCCGUGAUCAUCGUACACCAGCCUGUAUGGCCAUGGGCGAUGGUUCCGAUUCAGUGGGUUUUAGUAUCAAUAUUUUAGCCAAACAGGGAUCGCCUGACUAUUGUGGUGUUUUGGUCAGCAACGUGAGUGGAUACAAUAAUCGCACCGAAGAAAGAUCUAUACAAUUGGCGGUAAGAGUUCAUAAAACUUUGGAAUUGGCAGAUGAUAAAUUUUAUGUGAUCACUUGUGGCAAGGCGGGUUUUGGAAGGGAUGACAACGCACAUGUAGUUUUGAAAUUCUUGCAGAAUGAUCGACGUGUAAGAGAAACGGUUUAUGGUCAUGAAUAUAAAAUACGUGCCGAGUUUACUAAGCCAAAUGGUACUCAUGGAAUACGUGUGGGCAACUGUUUAGCUUUUGAUAAGAAAAAUCUUAGUUUACCUUUGAUUGAUGAAAGAGGCUGCCCCUUGGAUCCUGCCAUUAUCUCACGUUUUGUACCCAGUGCCGAUGGUAACUAUGCUGAAGCCACCAUGAAAUCUAUGUUCAAAUUCCCUGAAGGUUCCGAAGUUCAUUUGCAAUGUGAUGUUAUCCAAUGUUUUGGACGUUGUAUCGAUGAGGAAGACUGUAAUCAGGUAGCCAUAGCUGGUGCUGGUUAUACCAAAGGCUCUUCCGGACCACCAAGAAAAACCUAUCCAAACGAAGAAGGUCAAAGUAUUGCAGGAACCACAGUAUUUGUCUUAGAUCCCGCAGAAGCACCUUACACUGCCGCUGACUGUGAAGAAGGCAUUCGACCAACUUGGUUAUUAUGGCUGGCCAUUACCCUGGGUGUUCUGUUUCUCAUUAUGUUGUUGAUGAAUAUAUUCCUUUGCACAGCCAUGAGUUGUAGUUGUGCCAAUACAGAGAUAAUUGAAAAGGAGCCAUCCAUUAUUGAAGAAUAUGAUCCCUAUAGAAGUUGGCAUGGUAGUCAAUAUGGUUCACGUUACUCACUGCAUGGACGUGAUGCUCACAAAGGUUAUACCAGUGGCGGUUCAACUAUACAUUCGAAUAGGUCAAUACCAAUUGAUAAUGAUCACUAUGCCAUUGUACACUCACGUCCUGGCUCAAGGCAUUCCGGUGUACAAGGAACCCGUGCUCGAGGACCAACUACGACAAGUUGAAUUAAAAA